UCUGCAAGCUUCUCUAAACUGGGGUUGGCUUCAGGACGGCUUUAUCUUUCCGUUUUCUGACUGACAUUUCACUCUCCUCAGAAUAAGGGAAGGCAGAACAUGGACACCUUACACAGGGUACUGGAUUUCUGCAUCCGCCACCAGACAGUUCUGAGUUACAGCAUUGUGUCCCUGAUGACAGCUGCUAUCGAGUACAUCUUCUUGGCUGUGGUGUUCAAGUGCCCCUGCAAUUCUGGGAACAUGCUGUAUGGCUCUGUCUUCCUCAUAGUGCCUGCCUUCAUCCUCUUCCUGCUCGGCUACAUGAUGAACCCCAGGAUGUGGCACCUGCUGACUGGCAUCUGCACUCCAGAGAAGAGCUGCAGCUGCAGACCCUGGGGAACCUGUGCUGGCUGCUUCUGCGUGCUGCUACAGGUAACAGCCAGAGCUGUGGUGGCCCCCCUCACCUGGCUCGCAGUGGCCCUGCUCAGAGCCAGGUUCUAUGAGUGCAUGGCCAGUGGAAGCAGCCUGAUAAAGAACCUCAUGUGUAAAGAUAAAGGAUCAGAGUGCCACGAGAUGCUGGUCAAAAUACCCUGUGAUGAGAAGUUAUCGGAGAAGAUAUCAAGUGAAUUCCUCAGCCUUCAGGCACAGUCCCAGCUGAUAGGAUGGUUCCUGAUUACCGCCAUCAUGGCUUCAGCACUGAUUGCGAAGUGUAUCCGCCGCUGCUGCUCCCCAUUUAGCUAUCUUCAGCUCAAAUUCUGGAAAGCCUACUCAAAAAAAGAAUGCGAGCUCUUUGAGGCCAAGGCUAAAGAGCAUGCAAGCAAGCUGUCAGAAAGAAAUGUGAAUUGCUUUUUUGAAGCCACUAACCCAGCACCGUUUCAGACCCCCAGCAAUGAAGACUGGCGGAAGAUUUCAUUUUUGUAUACUUUUAAUUCACAAGAGCAGCAUUACAGCAUGCUACACAAGUAUAUUAACACAAACAGAGGCAGCAACGUCAGACUUGGGAAAGAAGAUCAGAAUCCCACUGGUUUAGGAUUUGUGAAUGAAACAAUUGCAAGUCAAUCAGGGUUUUAAUGAAAAAAACCCUUUGCAAUACUGGCAAUCUUUCAACCCUACUGAUAUGAGUCUUAUUCUAUGCUCUUAUUGAAAUCUAUGCAAAUUGUAUGUAAAAGCUAAUCGUUGUAACCCUCAGCAGAUUUGUUUAAAAACACACAUUACUACUUUUGCUUAAGUACAUCUAAAUAAAUACAUCUGUCAUGAUGGGAGCUUUCAUAUGUUGUUGUUCAUUAAGAACUGCAUGUGCAAAUUAAUCAUCAUCCACAAAGAUGUCAGCAUGUACUAUGUCAAAUUAUUACCUAACAUCUUGGGGGCAUUUGGCAGCUGGACUGACAAUACCAAGCCUUUGUACUUGGCAGUAUCAAAAAGACAAAAUGGAAUGGAAGUUUUGAUGAGAAAUUCAUCUUAGUUUAUUAGCUCU